AAUUUAUGAAGGGAGAGAAGAGAUAGCAGUAACCUAUGAAAAGAGAGAUAAAGAUUAGAGAGAGGGAAAGAAAAGAAAAGAAAAAAAAAAAGGGUUCCUUAUCUGAAAAGCUAGCUGUGGUAUUUAAAAAAAUAAAUCAUUUACUUACUCAAAUUAGGGUUAAAAUUGUCAUUUUGGUUUUGGAGAGCAAUUGUAAAACAGAAAGCGCGUUGUCUACACGGGUCAAAAGGUAUUAUUUGAUUUGGAUUGAGGUGUGUGGUUGUUCCUCCUAGGCUCCUAUACCAUUCUGUUUUCUAGGGUUUAAGCUCAAGACCCAUAAAACCCUGAAAUUGCUGUAUCCAUCAAUAGAGUAACAGCCGUUACAGCCCUGUAAAGUUUGUCAGGUCAAUUCAUACAGACCCCUUGAGAAAUCUCCACAUGCAUGAUCAAAGAAACCCUAGAAUUCUUCGCCCGCCUGCGGAGGACCUCACAGUUCCCCAAUCCAUACGCACUCAACAAGUCCCUCCACCAUCUGAUUGGCUCCAACUGCGGUGACCUCUCUCUGAAACUCCUCCUCUACUUCAUUUCUAAAGGUUACACUCCUCACCUCUCAUCAUGCAAUUCAAUCAUAUCAUAUUUUUGCAAACUGGGUAAUCUUAGGUCUGCCCAUAAUUUCUUGAAUUCAAUGCCAAUGUUCCGGUGUUCGCCCGAUAUUGUUAGCUACAACUCUUUGAUUGAUGGCUAUUGUCGGUCAGGCAAUACUAGGCUUGCAGGCUCUAUAAUGAAUCAGAUUUGUAUUGGGCAGGUUAGGCCGGAUUUGGUUACAUUCAAUAUCAUGUUCAAUGGGUUUUGUAAGCUUAGAAUGGAAAAAGAAGCUUUUGUGUAUAUGGGUUUGAUGUGGAAGUGUUGUACACCAAAUGUCGUUACAUGUAGUACUUUAAUUGAUAUGUUUUGCAAAAUUGGUAAUUUGGAUAUGGGUUUUAGAGUGUUUGAAGGUAUGAGAAGGGAUGGAAUAUUGCCGAAUUCGGUUGUUUUUACUUCUUUGAUUGAUGGGUAUUGUAAAGCUGGUAAUACGAAGGUCGCAUUUGAGUUGUAUGAGGAAAUGCAUAAGUCAUCGAUUUUGCCAAAUGUAGUUACUUAUUCGGCCUUAAUUGAUGGCCUUUGUAGACAAGGGAUGUUGGAAAAGGCUGAAUGUUUGUUUUCAAAGAUGUUGGAAAAUGGGGUUGAACCCAAUUCUGUUGUUUACACUUCAAUGAUAGACGGGCAGUUUAAGAAGGGAAAUGUGGACAAGGCUAUGAAGUAUGUGAAUAGAAUGCAUGAACAGGGGACCAGACUUGAUAUAGGGGCCUAUGGGGCAGUUAUAUCAGGCCUCUGUGAUAGAGGCAGGUUAGAUACUGCAAUCGAAAUUAAGGAAGACAUGGUGAGGAGUGGACUGGCACUUGAUAAUAUUAUCUUCACCACACUAAUGGAUGCUCAUUUUAAAUCUGGGAAUCUGAAAGCAGCUCUGAAUGAGUACAAAGAAUUAUUAGGAAGAGGGCUUGAGCCUGAUGUUGUAACUCUUUCAACCUUGAUGGAUGGCCUUUGCAAACAUGGGCAUCUGCAUGAGGCAAAAGGAUAUUUUAGCAAAGAAAAGGCCAAUGAAGUUUCAUACACUGUACUUAUUGAUGGGAUGUGCAAUGAAGGGAACUUAGGUGAAGUUGAGAGCGUUUUUAGGGAGAUGUCAGAGUCAGGGUUUGUUCCCGACAAGUAUGCAUACACCUCUUGGAUUGCUGGGUUGUGCAAGCAAGGAAAAUUGGUUGAAGCGUUUAAACUUAAGAACAAAAUGAUUGAAGAGGGUAUUACUCCUGAUUUGUUUACAUAUAGCUCCCUUGUUUUUGGUUUGGCUAACAAAGGGCUCAUGAUAGAAGCAAGACAGGUUUUUGAUGAUAUGUUGAAAAGGGGAAUUAAUCCUGAUUAUGCAAUUUAUGAUAUCCUGAAUAGAGGCUAUCUAAAGCUAGAAGAUUUUGUUGCGGUUUCAUCACUGCAUGAUGAGAUGAGAAAGAGGGGUCUUCUUGUAGAAGGAAGUGUGGUGGAGGGAAGAAGGUGAUUGGUGAUGGCAAAUAGAGUUUUAGUGGUUUGCAGCCAAUCAAAUCAGUUUGACAUGUAAAAAAAUGAAGCCUUUUCAUGGGUUUCUUCUUCAGACCAUUCUACUUGUGCAGUUGAGCCUAUCAGGUAGGCAGUAGGCUUAAGCCCUCAUUUCAGAGGUUGGGUUAGUCCUGGUUUACAUCAUCAUCUAUUGGGAAUUCAUGUUCAUUACUUCUUUUUCCUGCUACUUCAUGUGCAUAUACUAGCUUCACCAUUUGGAGGUUCGUAGCUGGUUCAUAUCACAAGUUCUCAACAGAAUUCAUUUACUCCCAAAACAAGUAACAGACUAGGGAAGGGCAUAAACUUUUGGAUAUCAUUCAGGAAAUGCAACUGCAGAAAUGCUUUGCACAUGUAGCUAAAAAAUGCUAGCUACUGCAUAUCAGCAUGUAUAAUAGUGAAGUGAUUAGCAAGAAACAAUUGUUAAUCUAGGGGGAUUUAGUUGAUUUUGUGGAUAGUCUAAGGAAUUAGUGCAUUUAGCUUUUCCUUUGGCUUUUGUGCAGUUGUUCAAGGAUGCACUCACUUUUUUAGCGCUCUUUCAAUGAUAUUUACGUAUCAAAAAAGAAGAAAAAGAAGAAGAAGAAGAAGUGAAUUUAAGUCUA